UGACGCAAUCAAAAAGCGACCGACGAGAGUCGAGUACAGCAGGGGACGCACAGGCGUUAAGGGUAUUUUUUUUUUGCCUCCGCUUAAUUCUUUCUUUUGUAUUUCUUUUAAUGCGUGUGUUCAACAUAUCUAAACAGAUAGCAUAUAAAUUAUACUGUGUGCGCGCGGACAAACGUGUCCCCUGAGAUAGAUAGAAGAGGGAUAUAUGCACGUGCGGUUUUUAUUUGUGACACCCUACCUGUCACGGCGCGUGUAUUUGACACGAUACGGUCAAUAAAGUAUUUUAUCGAAUUAAUACUAAUCUUAUAAACACAACAGUGCUCCUCUCCGCUCUACUUCCGGACUACAAACGGAGGUGAAGGUCCUGUCUGUCUGUCUGCAGUGCAGUACCAAACAUGUUCUGACUUGGGUCUGUCAGGUCUGUCAAGGUUUUUACUCACGCUUUAAAGGUUAAAACUGUCAUGAAAGUUCAACACCAUGCACAACUGUGCACGUUACCUCAUCUUCUUCCAGUACAUUGGAACCAAAUACAAAGGUGUAAUAAAAAUCCCUCCACAUGAAGUCGGCAAGACCGGGGUGCAGAACCACCUGGAGGAUGCGAUCCAGAGGCUGAAGCCGGUCAACCCGGUGCGUCUGUGGAUCUCCAGCAGGACAGACACGGGCGUCCACGCUCUUUGCAACACGGCCCACUUUGACCUCCAGCGCAAAGACGACAAGGUGCCAUUUACUGAAGACAUCCUCGUUAAGGCUCUCAAUGACCAUCUAAUGACGGAGCACGUCAGGAUCACCCACGCGCGCCGUGUUCCAAACGACUUCAGCGCCCGUUUCCGUGCCCAGUCGCGAACCUACGUCUACAGGCUGGCGCUGGGGUUCGGCAGAAGCUCCAUGCUUCCCCUCCCGGACAGCUAUCUGUGCUGGAGCCUCCCCAACACGGAGCUGGAUGUGAAAUCCAUGCACGAGGCUGCAGAUCUGCUGGUUGGGACUCAUGACUUCAGCACCUUCAGGGCAGUCAGCUCCGACAUGCCUUUUAAAGACCCGGUGAAGACUAUGGACGUCGUCUCCGUAAAACCGGGAAACUCCUUCGCAAGUGCACACUUCCACAGAGACGUACCAAUGUUGGAGCUGACGUUUACCAGCAGAUCUUUUCUCUAUAAGCAGGUGCGGAGGAUGACGGGGGCCAUAGUGGCAGUGGGACAGGGGCGACUGUCUGUGCCUCAGUUCAAAGAAGUAUUGGAGGCUCGGGACAGUCUGGCCUAUCCACAGGGCCUGACUGCUCCACCCUUCGGCCUCUUCCUCACCAGGGUGGACUACAACGAGACGGACCUACAGUUUUCACCACAACUGUCAGAGGAGCAGCUUUCCUCCACCAGGAACUCAGAAGGCUAAUGUCACUUGAAUAAGUCCAUUCAUGUUGAUAUGUUUCCAAACGACUGUGUGAAAUGAUUCUAAUAAAGUUCUUUUUUUUGUUUAAA